GGGACUACAUUUCCCAGAGGGCUGUGCGCCAGAGGGCAAGCGGCUUCUUCUGCCGGAAGUCCGCUCUAGCCUCGGGUCCCCCAACACCUUGCAGAGCGGGAGCCGCCCAGUCGCCGCGGGACCGGGGCUGCUGGGGUCCGGACGGGGGUCGCCAUGAUCCGCUUCAUCCUCAUCCAGAACAGAGCGGGCAAGACGCGCCUGGCCAAGUGGUACAUGCAGUUUGACGACGACGAGAAGCAGAAGUUGAUCGAGGAGGUGCACGCCGUGGUCACGGUCCGAGAUGCCAAGCACACCAACUUUGUGGAGUUCCGGAACUUCAAGAUCAUCUACCGCCGCUACGCCGGCCUCUACUUCUGCAUCUGCGUGGACGUCAACGACAACAACCUGGCCUACCUGGAGGCCAUCCACAACUUCGUGGAGGUCCUAAACGAAUAUUUCCACAACGUCUGUGAGCUGGACCUGGUGUUCAAUUUUUACAAGGUUUACACGGUCGUGGACGAGAUGUUCCUGGCCGGCGAGAUCCGUGAGACCAGCCAGACAAAGGUGCUGAAACAGCUGCUGAUGCUUCAGUCCCUGGAGUGAGGCGGCCCUGCGCCCCGGCCCCCCAUGGACUUGCCUGCUCGCUUCCCCUCCCAGGCCCGGGGCCCGGGGCCCGGAGCCCUCCCUCAGCUGCCCCGGAGGAGGCACCCCGCCGGGGCUGGCCGCAGGGCGGAGACUGCACCCACUGCCUCCGGGCCUCCUCGUGUGCUGAGUAACCGUGCCGUUGUCCUGUGACACGUGCGUGCGUGUGUGGAGCCCAAUAAACCUGUGGUCCCCU